GCCUCACGUUCGUCAUAAUUUUUUUUUCGUUUCCGUGUCCGGCAGUAGUUGCGAAACAGCACUGACAAGGAGUUGUGUGGAGACCAGCGAAGGGCACAGGGAAACGCUAGUACAAUAAUAAGACAAUAUUGUUGCCUGCAAUAGUUUUUUCCCCCAAAUGAUGCUGUCAGAGGUGCUUCAGGUCCUGCGCGGGGCAGGGCGGGUGGGCGCGGCCUUCGCCGCCACACAGGGGGAGCAGCUGAGGCUCAUGGCCUGUAACUCCACCCUUGGGGCAGGGAUCAAGGUGGUACAGGAGGCCGUGGAGAGUGUGGUCGGCAUGGCGAUGGGGAGCACUGGGACUCCUAAGCCAGUGGACUUCCCUGAUAGUGAGGGAUGGGAGGAGAUGGAGCAGGACGAGGCCGCCAAGUGGGCCAUGGGCUCCGAGAUGCCCCCUGAGUUUACCGGGCAGGAGAUGCCGGGGCCCCAGGAGGGCGUGCGGGACCAAGAGGCGCCCAGCGAGCCGCUGUCCCACGGGGCCGCUGGGUGGGAGGUCCCUGGGGGCCCGGGUGGUCCGGGGGGUUUGGGGGGGCCGGGGGGCCAGAGCAGCAGGUUCCUGCACUACUCCUCCGCUCUGCGUGGAGCCCGGUUUCUCCACGACUCCGCGGUGGGCAGGCUGACCGCAGAGGACAUUAAGAAGGCCAGAGACGCCAAACAGGCGCCCGACAGAGUGGUUCUCGCCCGACCAAUCAGACAGAAGCUGAGCGACCGUGCGAGAGAAAGGAAGGUUCCUGCCACUCGCAUCAGCCGGCUCGUUAAUUUUGGGGGUCUGGCUGUUGGGCUGGGACUUGGAGCCAUUGCAGAGGUGGCUAAGCAGUCCUUUACAGGCAAACGUGGAGAUACGCGUGCCCUUCUGGACUCCCCUCUCCUGUCGGAAGCCAACGCCGAGAGGAUCGUCCAGACCUUGUGCAAGGUGCGGGGUGCUGCGCUCAAAAUCGGCCAGAUGCUGAGCAUACAAGAUAACAGCUUCAUCAGCCCCCAGCUGCAGAAGAUCUUUGAGCGGGUCAGACAGAGUGCUGACUUCAUGCCCACCUGGCAGAUGAAUAAAGUUCUAGAGCAGGAGCUGGGUCCAGACUGGAGGGACAAGCUGGCCUUCUUCGAGGAGAAGCCCUUUGCGGCUGCAUCGAUCGGCCAGGUGCACCAUGCCGUGCUUCACAAUGGGAAGGAGGUGGCCAUGAAGAUCCAGUACCCAGGGGUUGCUGAGAGCAUCCGCAGUGACAUCAACAACCUGAUGUCCGUGCUGAAGAUGAGCCUGGUGCUCCCGGAAGGCUUGUUUGCGGACAGUAGUCUAGAGGUCCUUCAGAGAGAGCUUGCCUGGGAGUGCGACUACAAGAGAGAGGCAGAAUGUGCCAAGCGGUUCAGGACCCUGCUGGAGGGGGACCCCUUCUUCGAGGUGCCCGAGGUGGUGGACGACCUGACGAGCACCCGGGUCCUGACCAUGGAGCUGGUGUCCGGGGUGCCGCUGGACGGCUGCGUGGAGCUGGACCAGGAGACCCGGAACCAGAUCAGCCACAACAUUCUCCAGCUGUGUCUGAGAGAGCUGUUCGAGUUCCGCUUCAUGCAGACAGACCCCAACUGGGCCAACUUCUUCUACAACGCCGAGCGGAACAAGGUGAUUCUCCUGGACUUUGGAGCCUGCCGAGAUUACCCAGUGGAGUUCACCGACCACUACGUAGAGGUCGUGUACGCUGCCUCUGUAGGAGACCGGGAGACUGUGCUGCAGAAAUCCACAGACCUCAAAUUCCUCACUGGAUUUGAAACCAAAGCGUUCCAGGAGGCCCACGUGGAGGCGGUGAUGAUCCUGGGGGAGGCCUUCGCCUCCCCGGACCCCUUCGACUUCGGGACCCAGAGCACCACCCGGCGGAUCCAGGACCUGGUCCCGGUGAUGCUGCGGCACCGGCUGACCCCCCCGCCCGAGGAGAGCUACUCCCUGCACCGCAAGAUGGCCGGCUCCUUCCUCAUCUGCUCCAAGCUGGGCGCCCGCAUCGCCUGUCGCGACAUGUUCCGGGACAUCUACCACGCCUACAACGACAGGCGCCUGCAGAGAGCGGCCUAGAUGCAUGGGGGGGGGGGGGAGCAGGGUUUGGGAGGGGGUGCGGGGGAGCCUGGAUGGGGAAAGGAAUAUGUUUUUUUUAAUUUAAUGUCCCAGGCUGCUGUUGUAAUUAUUGUGCAACAUAAUGAGGAAGACGAGUUGGGGACAGUGACGAAGAAGCCUUGAAGGUCGGGACGACGUGCUACAGCCAGGACUUUAAAGGGACCGGGGCACCUGGCCCCUCUCAUUCGCUACACUCCUGGUUCUCUCUGCCUUUCCCUCUUUCUCUCUCCUGCUCUCAUCCUCUUUCUCUGACGGUGCCAUUGGAGACCACACUUUGUAGCCUUCCGGCUCAGCGAACUGCCACUGCCAUGGAAACAAGACUUGAUCAGCCGAUAUCGCCAUAGCGGUGAACAUGGUCUGAGAUACGGUAUUUCACUGACCAGUGCAGGACUGGUGUCCGUCUCAGUCUACGGCACUAAAAAGGUGAAAUGGUCAUCAAAUAAAAGUGUCAAAUGCAGUAAAAAGUACUUUUUACCAGGUUGUAUUUCUGCAUUUUUUUCAGGUGACACGUAAUAAGACUUGGCACUUGUGCAAUAUUUCUAUACCUCUAUAGCCAUAAGAGGUUGGGAUCUGUAAAAAGGCAGUACUGUAUUAUGAGGGUUUAUCAGAGUGAAAGAGUGAAAAUUAAAUUUUCCUUGGUAAAAGGUGUUUACAGGAUUGUUUUGAUGGACCCAUUUUGGCAAGCGGCUUUUUUUUUUUGCAUGAUCUUCCCUUUGAGUCUGUGCAAUGCUGUGCGUUCCAUUUCACUAUCUUGCCAGGCACCAUUCUAUUGGAUGUGUAAAUGGAAUGUUCUGUGUGCUUUAGAUCCAUGCAGUAAGAUGGGUGCCCAAUUGUUAGGGUCCCUCUUGCUGCUAAAUAAACUUGACCAGCGGAAGAAAA